AUGGCGCCUACUAAGCCGACCGACGCGGCCCCGGGCGCCGGAACGGGCUCGGACCCGAUCGACUUGACCGGCCCCUCCCCGGCCCGCAAGGGCGUCAUCUCGGGCCGCGUGACCAAGUCAACGCCGAAGAAAGCCAGCACCGCCGCCACCGCAGCCGCAGCCGCCGCCACCGCCGCCGCCGCAGGCGGCGACAACAACGACGACGAGCCCGCCGGCGCGGCCUCGGAAAACGACAACAACGAUAACGACAACGAAGCGGCCGCCACCCCCACCCGCCGCCGCGUCGUCCUCAAGGCGACGUACCCGGCCUGCCGGCACUGCCGGCGGGCCAAGGCGCGGUGCGACCGGAUCGCGUCGUGCGAGCGGUGCGACAAGGCCGGCGUCGCGUGCUCCGGCUCCGUCGAGGACGCGUUUGCCGGCGGCGGCAAGCCCAUCAAGGCGUGCGAUCGCUGCCGCCGGAGGAAGGUCGCGUGCGUCCGCAAGGACACCUGCAAGCGCUGCGAGCGGAAGGGCAUCGAGUGCGUUGCUGCCUAG